AUGGAGGUCGAUCCGACGACGAUGAGCACGGACAAGGUCCUGGCGGAGAACACACGACUAUGGCGCAUAUGCAGAACAUACCUCGAGAUGCUGAACGAUCGAGGUUACGAAGUCGCGCCGUCCGAAUUGAAGGCGACACUGCAGGACUUUCUCAACAAAUACUCAGAUCAAGGUGCUUUGGUAGAUCGACGCAGACUAGGCGCUCACUUCAACCCAAGCAAACCAAUGAUGGAGCGCGAUACGCCUCGAAAGACUAAGAAGAACCCCAAUCCUCAGACGAAUGCCGGCGACAUCUUCGUCCAGUUCUGCCCUGAUGCUCCCAUCGGCAUCAAGCAUACUCGCGCAUUCGCUCAAGAAUUGGACAAGAAUGGCCACCGAAAUGGCAUUCUCAUCACAAGAGUCCCUCCUAAUGCCGCGGCGCUGAAAGCUUUCGAGCCUCUGACGGAGAAGGGUGUCAUUGCAGAGACCUUUUCCGAGAGCGACUUACUCGUCAAUAUCACAAAGCACGAACUGGUCCCUAAGCACGUUCUGUUGAGUGACGAGGAGAAAGGAACCUUGUUGGCUCGAUAUCGCCUCAAGGAGACUCAGUUGCCGCGCAUUCAGUCUGGUGACCCAGUUGCACGGUACCUUGGCUUGAAGAAGGGUCAAGUCGUCAAGAUUAUUCGCAAAUCCGAGACGGCUGGACGAUAUGCCAGUUAUCGAUGGGUCUACUGA